AUGGUUUACAGUUUAAAGAGGGACCAACAGGGAACUUUGUAUUUGCAUCACACAUUCCCUAAAUGUUGCUGUUCCCUUUCUUUCCAGGGCUGUGUGGCUUUUGAGGAUGUGGCUGUGUAUUUCACAGAGUGUGAGUGGGGUCUAUUGGAUACACAUGAAAAAGCUUUGUACCGGGACGUCAUGCAGGAAAAUUAUGGGCAUGUGGCCUCUUUAGGUUUUCGAGUUGUCAAACCCAACUUGAUCUCCCAGCUUGAGCAAGAGGAAGACCCAUGGAUCCCAGACCAGCCAACUGUGGAGGAAAAGGAGAUCAUUUUGGAGCCUGAAACAGAGAUUCCUGAUGUGAUAAUGAAAAAGCAGCUUUCGUCACGCUGGCCACGAGCUCAAGGCGGGCGACACUGCAUCCUCGCCCCCAAUUACUCCUCUCAACAACCCUGCAAGGUGACUUAG